AUGAGUGAACUCCAAGCUUCCAGAGAACAUCCUCUCAUUGACUCAGACCCCUCCUUCAGACGUGUGGUCACCUACAUGAGGCCCAGCGACUAUGGAGUGUGGGCUGCUGCCACUGCUGCCUUUCCUGCCAUCUUCAUCUUGAUGGAAAAGCUCGAGCCGGCCAACGGUGUGCGUUUUACCAAACCCUCUGGCUCUUUCCUCAGAAUCUCUACUUUUUUGGGCUUUGGUUGUGGUUUUCUUUUUGCCUACUCUCUUUCCACCAACAGAUUUUGGGGCAUCACCGAGAAUUCAAGAGAAAUGGCCUUUUACCAAACUGAAGUGAAAAACAACAUCAAAUUGGGCUUGCCUCCUCAAGGUAAAACCGAACUAAGUCCCUGGAUGAAAGACGUUGCCGUAAGAAACUCAACAAACUCACAGUUGGGUUUGCACAUUGCUCCAAUCUUCAAUUUCACCAACCAUGGAUUAGGCAGAUAUGCUGAAGUUAAGCUCGAUGAUGACGAAAAAUAG